AUGAAAUUCUUCACUAUUCUCGUUCUUGCGGUUUUGUGCCUUCAAGCUUCUGCAAAAGUGAUUCCUUCGAUUCCAGAAGCUACUGACAUUUCACAAGUAUUGUCGGGGCCACAAAUUGAAGAUAAUGUGCCAGAAGAUAUUUUGGCUGUGGAGAAUGUUGCUAACAUGUUCAUACCUUGUACUGUGAGGAUCUUUGGAACAUGUGUUAUUCCAUGAGGAUAAUUCGUUGUGUUAAUCGCAAUAAAUGAUUUUAUUUCAUGUUUGCCUGUUCAGAAGUGUUUUCCAGAAAAAAUAUCUCGAAAAAUGAAUCCAAAAGUUCCAGAAGUUCAAAUUCAGAAACCGAAAAUUGAUAAUUUUCUUUUUUGUCUCUGAAGUUGCUUCUAAUCUAGAUCCAUACGAAGAAACAAUCAAGUUCCGUUUGAAUAUCUGGGAUCAUGUGAAGAACAAAAAUUUCUCAAUGCGAAUUUUUUUUGAAUUCUAAACAAUGUGGCUCAUAAUAAAGAGCACGUUAUAAAACAGCUUUUGGAAAGAGGACUUCCUGAUGAAAUGGAAGAAUGGAAUGUGACGAAUGCAAUGUUCGAUGUGAAUGGGUUUCUAAUAAUUGAUGAAUUUACACAUGGACAUCCAAUUAAAAUGAUUGCAAAACGGAAUAAUAGUGUUAAAGGUGGUUUUACUCUAUUAAGAUAUGAUGAUUUAUAUUAA